UCUAAAUAUCCAACAAACUGCGGAAAACAGUGAAGAAUCAAUGCAAACCCGCGAAGAAGGUCUCAUGCGACUUGCACCACUGAUCACUACAGUUUGUGUGGUUCUUUCCAAGCGAGUAAAAGAGUUACCUGUGAAGUCACAGAAUAUUGAAAAGGAUGCAGUUACUGAAGAAGAGAGAUAUAUGAAAGUUAUGAAGGCUUUGCAAUUUGAUACAAUAUCAUUCUUCGCAGAAGGUUCAUUCAUUCCAUAUCAUUAUGAAAAUUCGCUUUCCUCUGUUGGCACCACUAGUUCGAUGGGAAAACGUACCAGACGUUUGGCGCAAGAAAUUGUUACAUUGAGUAAUUCACUGCCAUUGAGUUCAAGUAGUUCUGUUUUUGUUCGUGCUUGCGAAGAACGGCUGGAUGUCAUGAAGGUACUGAUUACGGGUCCAGCAGAUACUCCAUAUAUGAAUGGAUGUUUUGAAUUUGAUGUUUGGUUUCCAACCGAUUAUCCCAAUUCCCCUAUGCAUGUAAAUCUUGAGACGACUGGCAAUCAUACUGUUAGAUUCAAUCCUAACUUGUACAAUGAUGGGAAAGUAUGCUUGUCGGUACUAAACACAUGGCAUGGUCGACCUGAGGAACGAUGGAAUCCGGAAACUAGUAGUCUUUUGCAGGUAAUUGUAAGUGUGCAGUCUUUAAUCUUAGUAGCGGAACCGUAUUUUAACGAGCCAGGAUACGAAAGAUCAAAAUGUACUCAGGCGGGACAGCAGGCAUCGCGAGAUUAUGAUGCUAAUAUUCGACAAGCCGUGGUAAAAUGGGCUAUGCUUGAAAUGAUACGACAUCCUCCACCAGCUUUCGCAGAUAUCGUGAAAAAGCAUUUUUGGCUGAAACGGAAGGAAAUAUUGUCACAGAUAUCGAAAUGGAUCUCUGAGAUGGAACAAACAUUGAAACAACAACGUGGAAGUGGGCGAAACAUUCACGGUCACCUCGCUUCUUUAAAGAGGCAUGCUGCUGCACUAGAGGAUGAAUAUCGACGGAUGGAGUGUCCUGCAGAUCUUCAAAGUAUAAAUGUCUCACUCACUCAGCAAGCAAAUAUCUCCGAAAACAUACAGCAAGCAAAUUUAACGGAUGAAGAUCAGCCACAAAGUUCGGAUGAUUCGGUACAGAUACCUCACGACAAUUAUAGUAGAGCAUUUCGCGCUCAACAAAUGCCAGGCUUACAUAAUUAUGCAUAA